CCUGUUUUGCCCCGUCAUUAGUUAUCUAUCGGCAUCUGAUAACCUUCCGAGGUUACAUCACCACUUCCAACGUCGACCCCUCCACCUAUCAAUUACCCACCGCAACGAUUCGCUGCUGUACCGAGAUGCGCUCCCGUGCUCUGUUGGUAACGUUUGAUGCCUGGAAGACGUUGAUUACGCCGAGGGAAGCGCCGGCGAUGCAGUACACCCGGCUGGCUCGCGAACACGGUGUCAAUGUCAAGGAACACGAGGUCGCCGAGGGAUUUGCGAAAGCCUUUAGGGAUGUGUAUAAGAAGUAUCCAAACUACGGGAAGAAUGAAGGGCUGACACCAGAAGAGUGGUGGACUAAAAUCAUUCACGAUACCUUCUCUCCGAUCUCCCUACCUCCAGCUUUGCCCCCAGCUUUGCUGUCUCACUUUGCCACUAGGAGGGCCUACAUCUUGCACACAUCGAUCCCGUUCCUGUUGAAGUCCCUCAAGGCCAACAACCAGUACGACCACACCGUCAUCGGCCUGAUUUCCAACUCGGACUUUCGAGUGAUAUCUGUUCUCCGAUCUCUGGGCGUGGCUAUCAAGAGUUACCCUCCAAUGAAAAUUGAGGAUGAGUUGGACGGUGAGAACGGGACGAUCGACUUUGUAACACUUUCCUACGAUGUAGGGGUGGAAAAACCACAGCAGAGAAUCUUCGAGGCUGCCUUCGAAGAGGCAAAGCGAAAGACGUCUGGAGGUGAAGGCCAUGAGUGGGUCAAGGUGCAUAUUGGUGAUGAUAUGGAGAAGGAUGUUCUGGCAGCUCAAGGUGCGGGGUGGGCGGGUGUUUUGUGGGAUGGCGAGGCAAAGCCUGGUGUCCUAUUGGACAUGAUUUUACGCAAGUAGAUGGUGCGGUUCUGGUGGUUCAUGUUGCUUCCAAAUUUGGGUCGCCAGGUUUAUAAAUGAUUGCUUUCCGUCAAACCCACAAACCCAUCGCGCAUGUGUGAUUGCCAGAUGAGAACUGCGGGUCCGCAGUGUAGUGC